CUUUCACUUUGCAGUACUGUAUGUACACUUGAUUUUUAGCUUUAGCUGCAGGAGUGAGAACAUUGUUCAGACAGUGUGACAGUCAAUAAAGUCAUAAUAAAGAAACAAUUAUUAAAAUAAAGUGGAGAAACUAGCAACUCAAGGCAUCUACAAAAACGUAUUUUCAUCCACAGUGAUAAUACAAUCACAGCCAGAUGGUUUGGAUACUUCUCUUCGUCCUGAUUUCAUCUGAUUGUGGAACGUUUGGAGCAGUCUUGACUUCAAACCUCUACCAGACAGAAGAGCAGAGCAACAUAACCUUAAGAUGGGACAGUCAGAAGAAAACAGACUUGUCUCAGGCAAACCUAAUUUGUGUUUUUGCGUCAAAUUCCCUUAAGAUUAUACAUGAACUGAAAACAGGCGUUGAGUUGUCAGAUUCUCAGCAUCAGCAGUUUUCAGGACGGGUCCAUUUGGACAAAGAUGCUCUGAGACAAGGACAAAUCAGGCUUCAUGUGUCCACAGUCACAGCUAAUGACUCUGGGAAGUAUAGGUGUGAUUUGGCUGCAAACUAUGAUGAGAACAAGAAGAAAUGGGAGAUAAUGACCAUUGUACGAUUUGUCCUGGAUGUUUCCCCGCAAACUGGAAAACAGGAAAUUAGUGGCAGUCCUGCAUCCUCAGUUACUGCAGGUACAAAACUGGACAAGCUACAGCAGAGAGAUGUUUGGAUCAAAGUAAUAGUUGUAACAGGCGCAUCCAUCCUAUUUCUGACUUUCUACCUGAAAAUAAGUAGUUGCGAGCUUUUCUCUUCUUUCCAGCGUUUGUGAUUCAUGAAGUCAACCUGUGUAUACAACCGUCACCUGUCCUCGUUUAUUCGCUUGCCUUGUCCUACCUGCACUGUCGCAGUGAGUAACCUGUUUUGACCCAGUCUGUCUGACCGCCGCUUUGCUUUGCCCUCUGUACCUACGCUAAUUGCCUUCCCGUGUAUCGACCUCUGCCUGUUGUGUGAUUUUGGAAACUGCAUAGAGCAUUAAACCGAUCGAUACUUACCUCCUGGUCUCUGAAGCUGUGCAUGUGGGUCCGUCAUAUUAAACUGAAGGACAUGCACGUUGAGCCCCCCCCCAUCUCAUGGAUCAUGGACUACCUCACCAACCGCCCUCAGUACAUCUGCCUGCAGAACUGUGUGUCUGACACCAUGGUCUGCAGCGCAGGAGCUCCACAGGGGACAGUCCUGUCUUCAUUCCUCUUCACCCUGUGGACCUCAGACUUCAGGUACAACUCAGAGUCCUGUCAUCUCCAGAGGUUCUCUGAUGACUCUGCUAUCGUAGAAUGUAUCCAGGGUGGAGUACCAGGGAGUGAUGGAAGCUUUGUGGACUGGUGUGGACAGAACCACCUCCAACUGAACAUCAGUAAAACUAAGGAGCUGGUGAUAGACUUUAGGAAAUCUGUGAGUGCUGUCACCCUUCUCACUAUUAAAAAUAAGGAGGUGGAGACCAAGUACAAAUAUCUUAGAGUGUACAUGGACAAACUAGACUGGAAAAAAACUCCUCAGCUGUGUACAAGAAGGCUCAGCGUAGGAUGUACUUCCUGAGGAGGCUCAGGUCCUUUAACGUCUGCAGCUUCAUGCUGAGGAUGUUAUGAGUCUGUGGUGGCCAGUGUUCUACGCUGUGGUCUGUGGGGCAGCAGCAUGAAUGUAGCAGACAGUAACAGACUGGACACACUGAUCAGGAGGGCUGGUUCUGUUCUGGGGGUGGAGCUGGACCCCCUACAUGCUGUAGCUGAGAGGAGGAUGCUGGUCCAACUCUUCUCUAUCCUAGACAACACCUCCACCCCCUACACAGUGUGGCUGGACAGAGGAGCACCUUCAGCCAGAGGCUGAUCAGUAUUAGGUGCUCCACUGAACGCCACCGGAGAUCCUUCCUACUGGUGCCAUCAGUCUGUACAACUCCUCCUCCUUCUGUAAGAGUUAAUUUUCAUCCAUGCAAUAACAUGUAUAAUUAAACUUUAGCUAGUAAUUAGACAAUAGUAAUUAGACUUAAUGUGAGUGUGUGUACAUGUGUUAGCAUUAUUAUUCUCAUAAUUUCUCUACCAAGAUUCACUUCAUGGACUCUCCCACUAGCCUAGGAGAUCUGGAUCCUAAACCAGGAAUGUGAAGUAAUAAAAGCAAAGCUUAUCAUUUGGACAUCAGAACUUUCAACUGUCAUGAAACUGAUGUCAUUGUAUUCUGUGAACAAAAUUAUAUUAUUUGAUAUUA